GUGUCUUCUAACUUUGAACUUUGCCACCCAUAAGCGUCAUGUCCUUCUAGAUAUAUACCAAAAAAAACUACAAUAUACUCUGCAUAUAAUUUUCCAAGUUCCUGCAUAGAUUCUUUCAUCUGGAAGAAAGACCCAAUGUCCUGAGGGAUCUAUCCAAUGCUUCCUUUACUUAUUAGCUUCGCCCAUCGUGAAAGAGGUAUUGAUGCUCUUAUUAUAGAUCCUUUAGGCCACUCAACUUGUACCCCGUCAAUGAAAAUUCUGAUAUCUUCAAAUUGUUCAGUUUCUCUGCGACACUUGAAAUUUACAAGUCGAACGAAGACGACAAGCUGCCAUUGUUCCUUUGGCAGAAAAGCAUUACACAAAAACUUGAAUUUACAAAGUUUUCAUUAUUGUUGAGCUUGAAGCCACGUCAUUUGCAACUCUCUCUAUAUAUUUAUAGAAGAGCAAUGGAACAUAACGAAUACCAUUUUCCUUGAUCUACAUUAGCUGUCAUGUCCUGAGUUUUGCGACAAUCCCGCUAUUUUCUCAGUAUUGUCAUGUUGUGAUUAUUAUAUUGCUGCAUGGCGCAUCAUGAGGAAUAAGUUGGUAUAUAUCCACCAUCAAGAAGUAUUUCUUUUGAGUAUCCAUUUUUUCUUUAUCAUAACCUAAACAUGCAAUUUUUUUAAAUUUCUCUGGCAGUUGGCUCAUUGUUCCCUACUUCAUUUGCAUGAUUAAUGUACAAGCAUUGACUCUAAUAGAAAUAUAUCCACCCACGAAUUGCCAGACACAAGAAGAACCAACUCAUAAAUGCUAUAUUUCUUUUCUUUCUUUUUAGAUUCUGUAUAGCAAUUCUGCUCGUGGAGUUACUUUUAUAUCUAGCAAUGGCAGCAUUAUAUUCUGCUCGUGGAUGCACAUAUAUGAAUUUAUUAUCUUAAAAGUCACUUAUUGGCUUCUGCAUUCAUCUUGCAAACCAAGCAGGAAAGAGCUCUAAUGGUAACAUGCACGGAUUCUAAUUCAACGCUGUACAAUUGGGUCGCGGUCUCUUUGUCUGGGAGCCAAGAAAGCAAGGUAUUGAAAUUGAUAAUUUUAUAAUCCACAAGCAAUUUCUUUAAUGGGAUUACUCUUGAUAGGAAGAUAACAAAGAUGAGAAAUUGGUGGAUCUGUCAUAAAAAUUGACACAUGACAGCUAAUAUAGAAGGAAGGGAUCGAUUGCCAAUGCCUAUUAUUGUUUCUGUAGAUAAGAGGUACAAUGGGGUGUUCUCAACAACAACACCUCCUUUGCAGAAAGAGAAAAGAAAAAAUGGCUUCUUUUCAUAUCCGUUCAAUCAGUUUGCCCUCUAGAUCUCAUCCUCUAACUGUAAGUGUAGUGGAGCAACUUGACAAGUUAAAGGCAUCACAAUCAUCAUCAUUAGGCCACAAAUUGGCUGGCCUGAAAGAGCUGUACGAGUGUUUUAAUGACUUUCUUCAACUAUCACUCACCCAAAAAACUCUCUCCCAGGAGAAGCAAAACCAAUCUGUAGAAGAGGCAUUGAAUGGCUCCUUGGGCCUGUUGGAUAUGUGUAGCACCAUAAGAGAUUUUUUCUCACAGAUGAGGGGAUGUAUGCAGGGGCUUGAAGCAUCUCUCCGGAGAAGAAAAACUGGAGAAUCUGUCUUCAAUGAAGUUGACACGUACAUGGUUACUAGAAAGAAAUUGAAAAAAGUCAUAUAUAGGUAUCUUAGAAAUCUGAAGAAACAGGAGAAGAAUAGUAGAACAACUGCCUCGGCCAAUAACUCCGAUGUUGUUGACAUGCUGAAAGGUGUUGAGGAAAUUAGUGCGGUUUUGUUUGAAUCCAUCUUAGCUUUCAUUUCUCUGCCAAAGGAAAAAUCAAAGUUCUCUAUUGUCCCAAGCUUUUUUCAAUCAAAGCAUGUAUCAUCUAAGGAGGAAGUUGAAGCCAAUGAAAUAGAGAAGAUUGACGCUGGUUUGCUGGUCUUGAAAUCCAGCGAAGACAUCAAUCAAGUGCAAAAUGCUUUGAAAGGAGUGAAGGCAAUGGAAUUGAGCCUUCAAGAAGCAGAGGAAGAGUUGGAGUGUGUCUAUAGGAGAUUGGUGAAAAUUAGAGUGUCUCUUCUCAACAUUCUGAAUCAUUAGGGGUUGCUUCCAUCAAACUCCAACACAAUUUUGUAACAUACAGUUUUCAAUCAAAUUGUAGAGAUAUAUAUACAAAGCAAAUGAAUAUACUCAUAUUGAGAACAUUUUCCUUAUUUAUAAUUCAUUUUGAUGCUAUA